CAACGAACAGUUUUUUCGAGUAGUCUUAACUGUUAGUCUUUAACUUAUUAUCAUCAUGAAUUUUUCGGUCAUUCUUUUUUCAAUGAUCGCCACUGCGCUAGCAGCAUCUAUCCCUCUUGAGACAUCUACUGCCGCUCGUGAGCCAUCGCUGACCGAUUCAGUUCCAGUAGCAUCGGGCGACAAACAAAGUCGAGAAUUGAAUGCCUUGGUUGGAUUGUUCGAAAGCUUGAAUACUCUGAAUAAUGAGUAUUUGUCAGCUAAGCUAGAAAUGAUCGCUGCGUAUGUACGGUGCGUCAUCGAUUCCAGUACUUGUUCAGAGGAAACAUCCGCCAUGGUACACCAACAAACAAAAGAAAAAUUUGUGUUUCCGCCAGCAUCCGCCAUUGCCCUAAAUGCUGUAAACCCAAAUAAUCCAAAGCAUCCGUUUCCCGUCACUGUUCCUGCUUUUUGGAACCCAAACGUCAAUGUUCCGCUCGUUGCCUUUCAUAACGAGAUGCCCAACGUGGCCUACUCAUCUGCUCCUAGUUUCAUCCCAUAUUUAAACAGCCUCGCCGCGUACAGCGAUCCUUCGUUUACGACGAUCUUAGCCCAGCAUGCCAAAGGGCUCGUUCCAGCCGGCACCUUUUUGAAAACAACCCCUUAG